ACAAUUUGUACACAGUAAAAUAGCAAUACAGCACGCAAAAAGUUUUGUAGACUAUGUUUUGUGCUAUUGUCAUAUUGACCUGAGCUAGCUAGCAGUCUAAGCUACUUAUUACAUGUUCAUGAGGCUUGAAACACUGCAGUUCAAUCCUUGCUCUGUGUUUCUAGUCAAGGCUGUGGCUCAGAGGUAGAGGUAGAGCUAGAGGUGUACAGUGCAGUAGACUCUUGUGCAAUGCAAAUUGAAAACGGCAGCUGAUAUUGGUGGGCGGGUCUGGUCAAAGUUUAUGGCUUCCAGUAGAACCUAGCUGCUUGGAGAAGUAGCUACUUAGCUCUCAUACUUGACAGCUGUAACUGUUCUAACUGCAUAUUCUGAGGCACAAGUGGCUGUGAGAGCAAGCUUGACUGUCUCCAUUGAUGUUCAAAUGACUGUUUUGCUGUUUUUGCAGUAAAUAAAUCAGUUGUUGACUGGUUGCCUAGUAAUUAUGGCUUAUAACCAACCUCAGCCUCGGGCUACGCCCUCGGCAUUGGUUGGUUAUAAGCCAUAAUUACUAGUCAACCAGUCAAUAACUAUAAAGUAUUCCAGCCUGUAUUCAGCUAAUUUCCCCACGGGCCUGAAACGUUCCCGUGGAUUUUUGGCUGUGAUAGACUACUGUAUUGUCAGGGAGGAUAACAGAGCCUCCAGCUCUUACCCCUGGUCCCGGUUGAAGAAGAUGUUUGGUGGUGUUUGGUACUCCUCUGAAGACAUAGUUAAGCUAAAGCAAAGGUUUUGUUCUGAUAGUGUGUACUGAUAUCAAUCUACUACCGCGGGAAGUUCCAAUGUCGGCAGAUAACUUGCCCACCGCUCAGACGUUGCCUAGCAGCGAGAGCUCUCCUCAGAGUAGUAAUGAGAGUGGAGGGAAUGCUCACAUGACCAGAAAGUCAAGUGACCCUGGUCAUGGCUGCUCUGAUCCCUAUACUGACAGCAGUGGACUGAUGUACAAACGCAGCUCACCCACGGAGAUCAUUGUCACUGAAGCAGCACCCGUCUUCAUGGGACAGAACCACAUGCACGGCUCUAGUGAUUACUUUAGUGAGCUCCCUGAGUUGGUCCACUCGAAGCCUCCUCUCGGCCUCCAUCACCAUAGUGAUGCUGGCGGGGAGACGGGGGAAGAAUCAAGCAUGAGUUGGCUGUAUGACUUCUACCCCGGCAUCUUCAGUAAUCCCAAGAAGAAGUUGGAGUCGUUUUCUGGCCACCCCCCAACUCCCCCACAUUUGCACUCUGAACUUAAUUCUCAGUCCGAGGGUUUCAUUGUCACCACAUCCCAGCUUCCACCCUCGUUUAAGCCAGUCGGAGAGGUCAAAGGUCACACCCACGUGGUAGAGUUCACAGGGGAGUCCCCAACCACCACCGUCUUUAUGAGCCAGGAGAAGUACGAGGUGACUCUGGGAGCGUCUACGUCCAUUGCCCAGCGAACAAAUGACGAUACUCUCACCUACCUCAACAAAGGCCAGUUCUACACACUGUACUUCAAGGGAAACUCCAGUCUGCAACUCCCCUCUCUAGUAAAGACUGUGUUAGCUCUCACUUUCUUUGAGGAGCCUGACAAGAGAGUGGAGCACAGUCGCUGGCAGUACUGGUACAACAUGCAGCCCAACCCUAACCAGAAGGCAUUUGAUAUCGAUCGUAAGAGCUGUAAGAACAUUGAGAUGAAGCCAGACUCUGCGGCCAGUUUCACAUGGCACCCCAAGGUCGGGGCAAAGAUUGUCCUGCGUGUCAACUGCCUGAGUACAGAGUUCUCCUCGCAGAAAGGGGUCAAAGGUUACACACUUCAUUUUGUGAGUGAUACGUAUGAUGACAUGGCGAUUGAGAGCGCUGAGCCAGUGCACAGAGCCUUCUGUCGGGUCAAGAUAGUCCGGGACAAGGGUGCCGAACGUAAGAACAAAGACGAGACCAAAUACGUCGAGAGAAAAUUACAGAAAAUGGCCAAGCAAGUCAAACCAGGAGUGUCAUUGGAGACGGAGCUGGGGGCGUCGCUGUUCCACGCUCCCUCCAGAGAGACUGUGUUCACCUCCACUAGCACUCUCGGACCAAAGUCGUUCCUCUUCAUUCCUCAACAGCACCCUGACAUGAAUAGUGGGAUGGUGCGUGAUGAGACAGCUGCUACAGACUUCCUAGCCAGCAUCAGAGAUCGAGAAUCAAAGAGAACAUUUGGCAACACUCUAAGACAAACUAAGGAUGAAUUUGGUGCUCUGGAGAUGGACAAGGAAGGGGAGGAGUGUGAGGGGGCUCUCCCUAAGAAGGCUCCACGCAUCCGCAAUCGGAAAAUGAUGACAAUCUACGUGCGCAAGGAGGACGAGAAUGUGUACAAGGCUCUGAUGCUGGACUGUGCCUCUGUGUAUGAUCUCAAGCUGGAGGUUGGCAAGAAGUUUGAUGCCCCAGCUGACAUGAUACAGAAUGUGUACAAGAGAACUAAGAAGGGGCUGGUCGUACAGAUGGACGAUUCCAUGGUUGAACAGUUUCAGAGCGAGGAUGACUUUAUCAUUGAUCUAUCAUUUGACAAUCAGAAAGGCUCUUUUGAUUUAUACCUUCAUUACUGAGUAAACCCCCACCCACCCGCACACGCUGUUGUUAUGGUAUCUUUCUCUUACAUGUAUUUUUCCCUUCUCAAUUAUUUGUUGGUUUUUGUGCCUAUUUCCCUCAUCCGUCAUUACACACUCAUCUCAAAAUUGGCAUAUCAUUAUUAAUUUGUGAUA